AUGUUCUUGGCGGAAUCGUACCGCGAGGCUGUGCAGGAAGCCGCGCGGCAGCACAAGUUCCUCAUGGUCUACUUGCACUCGCCGCUACACCAGGACACCCCCCACUUCUGCAGGUCGACGCUGUGCUCCGAACCCAUGGUGGACUUCAUGGAGCACAACGUGCUCGUGUGGGGCGGGUCGUUGAUGCACGGAGAGGCCUACGCCGUCGGGAACGCCCUCGAUGCCUGCGCCUUCCCCUACGUGGGGCUGCUCCUGUGCAAGCAGAACCAAGUACAGGUUGUGGAGCGGGUGGAGGGUGCGGAGAAUACGGAGGCGUUGCUGGACAGGCUGACCUCGGCCAUGGCGCGCUUCCAGGAGCAGCUGGACCGAAUCCACAGGCAGCAGAGAGAGAGGGAGGAGGCGCGAAGGCUGAGGGAGGAGCAGGACAACGACUACAAGAAGGGGUUAGAGGCGGACCGCAGACGGAGCGAGGCGCAGCAAGAGGAGCGCCGUGCCAAGGAGCGGGCAGCCGAGGAAGCACGCGCUCUUGCUGAGGAGGAGGCCGCGAAGCUCGCCAGGGAAGAGCAGCUCCGCAUCGAGCGCCUGGAGGACCUCCGCAAGCGCGUGAGAGACGAGCCCCCAGCCGGGGGGAAGACGACUAGGAUCAGGCUGCAACUCCCCAACGGGUCCAAGGUGGACCGUAGGUUCGAUGCGGACGGCACCGUGGGAGAGAUCCGAGGGUUCGUCACCCUCCACCUCGAGGACAACGACAUCCCCAUCAAGAACUUCAGCAUGAGCACCAACUUCCCCCGAAGGACGUACAGCCAGGAGGAUGGCGACGAUGCCCUCUCCGUGGAGGAGGCGGGUCUGCACCCCACCGGCAUGCUCUUCGUCCACGACCUAGACGCCUAGGCUAAGGCUUGGUUGGUUUGGCUCGAUCUAUUCUCUCUCUUGGCCAUCGGCAUCCAUCAUCUGGCGUGCGUCGAUGCUGUCUCGUUUUUUUCACGAAGGAAAAAGUGGUUAUCUACCGCGGGCGUGUACGGAGGUGGUGACUUAUCUCUUUGCUUCAACAUAGGAGGUGGACUGGAGAAGAUGCGUCCCAUGCAGCUAAUCGAGGGCAGCUAGUUGCGAUGUUGGACUUGAAAAAAAUGUAGAAUUCUCCGGGAGUUGUCCUGCUCGAUUUUUCACUUUCCCGGGAGUUGCAAUGCAGUACAAACAGGCAUGUCUUUGUAGGAGUACAGCACCGGCCUUGUUUUCGCUUUGAUUGGAGCGUCACUUUUGAUUUGAAGUUCCACCGUCACAAAACCCGUCCAGCUCAAGGAGCCCUCUCAUGCAGGUCUCAGCGAGGCACUUAGACUGCUGUAGGCUGGCUGAAUCCUCCAUUGAUUCCUUAUCUCGCUCUCGAUUUGUGUGGAGCGGUCGCUCUUUGUGAAACGUGGUGAACCUUGGCUGCACUACUGUAAUAUAGAUACGUUACGGUACGGAACCUCUUUUGCUCGACUAUUUUUUUUUUAGUUGUGGUCGAUCGAUGCCCAGCUGGCAUCUCGCGGGCUCUCUCCCUUUGAUGGCACAUGCCGCACGGCGCACGUACGCGAGAGCAUGGGGGGCUUGGCAACCGCUCUUGAAUAUUUGAGUGGAACCCUGUGUACUGCAAGGAGACCGCGUUAUUGGAUUUUGGAGGGUCACGCCCAGCAGAUUGUUCGCGUGUGUGAUGCCCGUAAUCAUACGCGUGCGUAUGGGUUCGCUGGUGGUCCAGGCCACGGCAUAUUGGAAGAAAACAGCAGUGCUUGACUUU